GUUAAAAGUAAACCGGGAAUUGACCCUCCGAUUUAAACCGGUCCGUAAACCAGCUGAGCAAUCUCUCUUUAACCUCGGCGUCGGCGUCUUGUAGCUUCUUCUGCUAGGCUUUGUUAAUCAGCAAAAACCCUAGAAUAUCUUAGAGCUUCGCUUCACUUUCAAGCUCGAGACUUUGAGAAAGAUGCCUCCGAAAGCCAAAGCUAAAGAUGCAGGUCCCGUAGAGAGGCCUAUUCUUGGCCGUUUCUCUUCUCACCUCAAGAUCGGAAUUGUUGGGUUACCAAAUGUUGGAAAAUCUACUCUUUUCAACACUCUUACAAAGCUUUCAAUUCCAGCUGAGAAUUUCCCCUUUUGUACCAUUGAGCCUAAUGAGGCACGUGUGAAUAUCCCCGAUGAGAGGUUCGAUUGGCUUUGCCAAACUUACAAGCCUAAGAGUGAGAUUCCAGCUUUCUUGGAAAUUCAUGACAUUGCUGGGCUUGUUAGAGGAGCUCAUGAAGGACAGGGUCUUGGAAACAACUUCUUGUCCCAUAUUCGUGCAGUUGAUGGAAUUUUCCAUGUUUUACGUGCUUUUGAAGAUGCUGAUAUUAUCCAUGUCGACGAUAUCGUGGAUCCUGUUAGAGAUUUGGAGACCAUUACUGAAGAGUUGCGGCUAAAGGAUAUUGAAUUUGUUGGAAAGAAGAUUGAUGAUGUCGAGAAGAGCAUGAAGAGGAGCAAUGACAAGCAGCUGAAAAUAGAACUUGAGCUCUUGCAAAAGGUAAAAGCUUGGCUAGAAGAUGGUAAGGAUGUCCGUUUUGGGGACUGGAAAACAGCUGAUAUCGAGAUUUUGAACACUUUCCAAUUGCUUUCUGCAAAGCCCGUUGUUUACUUGAUUAACCUGAAUGAGAGAGACUAUCAGAGGAAGAAAAACAAGUUCUUGCCAAAGAUUCAUGCCUGGGUUCAAGAACACGGUGGUGAUACUAUGAUUCCUUUCAGUGGUGUGUUUGAAAGGAGUCUCGCUGAUAUGGCCCCAGAUGAAGCAGCAAAGUAUUGUGAGGAGAACAAACUGCAAAGUGCUCUUCCGAGGAUCAUCAAAACUGGAUUUUCAGCAAUUAACCUCAUAUACUUCUUUACAGCAGGGCCUGAUGAGGUGAAGUGCUGGCAAAUAAGACGGCAGUCAAAGGCUCCUCAAGCUGCAGGGGCCAUUCAUACUGAUUUUGAGAGAGGAUUUAUUUGUGCUGAGGUCAUGAAAUUCGAGGAUCUCAAGGAACUUGGCAAUGAACCUGCAGUCAAGGCCGCAGGAAAAUACAGACAGGAGGGUAAAACAUAUGUUGUUCAGGAUGGAGAUAUCAUUUUCUUCAAGUUCAAUGUUUCCGGUGGUGGGAAGAAAUGAGAUCCAUCCGUCUGUCCACCUAUCCGCGGUGUCCUCUCUGGAUCUUGAAGCUCUAUCCAUUUCCGAGAAAGGAACCAAGCUGUAUUUUCCGUUUUUGAGUGGCUUUACCAAACAAGUAUUUGUAACUCUUUACAUUUUGCAGUUAGCUAAGACAUGUCUUUGCCUUUAGACAGAGCAUUAAGCCUGCUGUAUCGUUUAGAACUCUUUCAAUAAGUUUUUCUCUACUAUUUGGAAAGAACCUUGAGUAAUUGUGCGUGAGAAUGAGUUGAAGAAACCCAGC